AUGCUCAUUAUUUGUUUUUAUGUGGAUGAUUUGAUUUACACUGAAAAUGAUAUCUCCAUGGUUGAAAUUUUUAAGAAGUCCAUGAAGGUUGAAUUUGAUAUGACUGAUAUUGGAAUGAUACAUUACUUUCUUGGCAUUGAAGUUGUUCAAUCUACUGAUGGGAUUUUCAUCGCACAAAAGAAGUAUGCUCAAGAGAUUUUGGACAGGUUUCAGAUGAAGGGUUGCAACUCUACCAGCAGUUCCACUGAGUUUGGUUCAAAGCUCACUAAAGAACCUAGAGGAAGAAGAGUUGACAACACUCUCUACAAGCAAAUAGUGGGAAGCUUGAUGUAUUUAACGGCCACAAGGCCUGAUAUUAUGUAUUCUCUAAGUCUUAUUAGAAGAUACAUGGAAAGUCCCAAAGAGGUGCAUCUUCUAGCCGCAAAGAGAACUUUUCGCUAUUUGCAAGGAACUACUAAUUAUGGUCUGUUCUAUGCGAAAGGAGAAAAGUCAGACUUGGUUGGCUUUACUGACAGUGAUUAUGCUAGAAAUUUGGAUAAUUGGAAGAGUAUGUUUGGUUAUGUCUUUACGAUGGGGUCGGGAGAAAUUUCAUGGUCUGUACGAAAGCAAUCAAUUGCAACUUUAUCAACUACUGAAGCUGAAUAUGUAGAAGCAGCAUGUGCCUAUCAAGCAAUUUGGAUGCGCAAGGCUCUUGAAGAAAUUAAUUUCAAGCAAAAUGGCUCUACACUAUCAUUUAGUGUGACAGCAAGUUCAGCAAUAAAGCUCUCCAAAAAUGCUAUUCAGCAUGGGCGAAAUAAACAUAUUAAUGUCAAAUUUCAUUUCUUAAGGGACCUCAUAAAAGAUGGAGUAAUUGAUCUCAUUUUCUCCAGAAGUGAAAAUCAGAUUGUUGAUGUGUUUACUAAAUCUCUCAAGUUGGCAUCCUUCCUGAAGUUCAGAAAACUACUUGGUGUUUGCAAUUUGGAAAAUCACAUUUUAAAUGUGUUGUCUAUUUUAAGGAUGUUAUACUGA